UUCCCAUGAUGCACUGCGGCGCUGUCAUGGCUGCGCACUGACGGCACUUUGUGGCACAUGUGGAAGAAGCUAAAUAGAAUUAAGACUCCGCGGUAGAAAGGAAUUGAGACCCAGAUGAGAGGAGUUUCUGAAUAAUAGUUUAUUAAAGUUAAUGAGCGCUGAUUAAAUUCGGCUUUAGUUCCAGCGGCGUUUCGUUUCGGCUCGUGGUUUGAGACGGAAGAGAAAUGGAGCAGACGGUGGAGAUGGAGGCGGCGGUACUGAGAGGAUUCCUGACGGAGAGAGAGAGAUCCGAGUGGAAACACAGCUUCUUUAACACCACCGAUGGAGGUCUGCUGCUACAGCGUGUGUUUGAGGGGGAUUUCGAGGCGGUGCUCCUCAGUGUGCCUGUGUUGGAGAUGCUCUCUGGAGAGCCGGAGCAGGACGAGAACAUGGAGUCCUACCUGCAGAGACGCAUCAUCACCUACCUGAGCACCAACCAAGAAGAAACAAAGAGGGACAGGGAGUUAGUGAUGUUAGCGUUAGCAGUUUCAUGUCUUCAUCUGUUUGUCCAGUCUAAUUGGACUGGUCCUCCUUUUGUCCUGCACAUCUCUGACCUCCUCCCUGCGGCUCUGCUUGACAAACACAAAGAGGUCAGUGAUGUGACGUCUGAGCUGCUGUCCAGUCUGGUGUUAGAUGGUGAAGGUGUGUACACUCUGCUGUCCAACCCUCUGCUCUUGCUGAUGGCUCGAGUUCUGCUGGUCAGCUGUUUGGAGAAGAUGGACAGCCUGCAGCUGCUGCCCUGGUGGACACUGAGGUAUGUGGUGUUGCAUCAGCAAGUUCUGGAGGAAAAAUCACCCCUACUCUUCAGUCUGGCAAAGAGCUGUAUGGAGAAAGUGUGUGAGCAUGAGGAUGUUCUAAGCGGUGAAACUCGCAGAACCCUGGCCAUGCUGUUCCACGUGGAGUGCAGCUACACCUGUCUGAGUUACUACGAGUACCGCAAAGCUAAAGAACAUCUACAGAGUGCUCGUGACCUCUCAGGACUCCUUAUCAACAUGACCGGUGUUCUGGGGAAGCGGACGCGUUUUCAGCAGAAUUUCCUCGCUCAGCUCGUCCUCGAUGUGAAAAGGAAGGACGACUCCCUCAUCUCCGACGGUGACCUUUCACCUGCGCCGACGCCCACAGACCUCCUGCCCAAGGACCAUCAGCUGAAUGAUGAAACUGUCCUGAACCAGAUGAACUUGGCUGAACCGUCUGAACACCAGCUUCCUGAUCUCAGUGCUGAGGAGCAGGCUCUCAUCCUGGCUGUGUGCACAGACUUUCAGAAGAACAAUCCGGUCCACAGACUGAACGAUGAGGAGCUCCUGGCCUUCACCACGUGUGUUCUGUCUCAGCCGAGGUUCUGGGCAGUGGAGGUGACAGCUCUUUGCCUGAGGACUAAACUGGAAAGGUCGAGUUCACGCAGGGUGGAGCGCGCAAUGAUGCAAACUCAGACGCUGGUGGAUUUCUUUACUGAGACGAAGUGUCCGGUGUCCGAGCGCCUGAAGGUCUUCUACAGCUGCCCAGCUCCUGCCCACUGGGACCUGCAGAGGCAGUUAGCAAGUUUGCUAACAGAUCUUGGGUUAACUAGCUCAGCUCUGCUCAUCUAUGAGAAACUGGAACUCUGGGAAGAUGCAGUCAUCUGCCUGGAGAGAAUGGGUCAGCAUGGCAAGGCGGAGGAGAUACUGAGGCGAGAGCUGGAGAAGAAGGAAACUCCGUCUCUUUAUUGUCUCCUGGGCGAUGUGUUGAAGGAUCCGCAGUAUUACGAUCGAGCCUGGGAGCUCUCCAAACACCGCAGCGCUCGGGCGCAGAGAUCCCGAGCCCUCCAUCACCUCCGAAAUAAAGAGUUCCAGGAGUGUGUGGAGUGUUUCGAACGAUCGCUGGCUAUCAAUGCCAUGCAGUUGGGGGUGUGGUUCUCUUUAGGCUGUGCGUAUUUUGCGUUGGAGGGAUAUGAAGGAGCUGCUAAAGCCUUUCAGAGAUGCGUGAGUCUGGAACCAGAUAACUCAGAGGCCUGGAACAAUCUGUCCACAGCCUACAUCAAACUGAGGAAAAAAGAGAAGGCUUUCCGCACGCUGCAGGAGGCUCUGAAGUGUAACUUUGAGCGCUGGCAGAUCUGGGAGAACUUCAUCGCUGUGUGUAUCGAUGUGGGCGAGUUUGCCGAGGCCAUUCGAGCGUAUCAUCGUCUCCUGGACCUGAGGGACAAGUACAAGGACGUGGAGGUUCUGGAGAUUCUCGUCAGGGCGGUGGUUGAAGACCUUCCCGAUCACCGUGGCGACCGGGCGUCCAAUCACAGAGCCAAGUUGCAGGAGCUGUUCGGCCGAGUCUCCGCCAGCUGCAGCACUGACGCCCAAAUAUGGAAGCAGUACGCCCGUCUCUAUGGUGAUGGCCAGAGCGACAAGAAAGAAGACAAUGAGAAGGCACUGCAUUUCCUGUCUAAAGCCCACCGGUGUGAGAUGCAGAAAUCAGGCUGGGAGAAAGACAUGUGCAGCUUUAAGGAGGUGAUGAAGGGAGCCGUCGACAUGGCCACCGUGUCUCUCCACUGUAGCAGGGAAAAGUCGAAUCCUCAGGAAGCACUGCAGUUACUAUCGUCGGCUCGGCUCAGUCUGAAGAGCUUAGCCUCUAAGGCUAAACAACUUUACACUGACGUAGCGACCGGAGAGAUUCACCACGACCUCCAUGAUGACGUGGCGCAGCUGGAGCGACUAAUCACGGAGAUACAGGACCUGAGCACCGAGCUGCGCGGCCAAUCAGAAUGAGAUCGUCUCCUUAGCCACACCCUCCUCUGUCUAUGUUAAAGUGUGCUAAUAAACUAUGCUAGUCACGAAAAUUCAGAAUAAAAGGGUUUUUAAUAACAGA